AUGGAAGAUCCUACCGCCAGACCGACGCCCCACGUCGACCCCGACACCGCACCACCGCCUGUACGCCCAGAGACCACCGACGAACUUCACCCCGACUCCGACGACGUCAACCUCCACUGCGCCGCAACCGACUUCUCCACGGGUGCGCUGGACGCUGACCGAGCAGCUUGCGAGUUCGCCGCCAAGCUCGAGCUCCUUAUCCUCCAAACUUUCCACAUAUGCACCCACAACCGACGAACCACGCCGUUCGUCCCACCAGCCCAACCACGCUGGGGCGCCGAUCUCGACUUCCUAUGCGUCCUGUACGACUCCUGGCGCAGGAUGGAGCUCACGCGCAAAGCCGGAGCCCACGUACGACGAAGAGGUUUCCAAACCAGCGUCAACCUCGUCUGCCAGGCCACGGGAACCCAACUCCGAUCCGCUUUCGACUCCAUGGGUGAUAGAGCCGGAUUCCGUGAGUGCUUGCUUUCUGACAACGCUCCCGCCUCGUUGCGGGAGGCCGUACGCAACCUCCUCUUCUUCAGCAGCGACGUUGUCGGUUCCGAGGGUGCUCGUCAACAGCUUCGCCACGAGCAGAUGGGGGACAUGCUCCGAUUCGGUGGCAUAGGAGGCUUCCUCACCCCGAACGUUGCGGACACCCGGAACCCUUUAGCGGUGAUCCUGCAUGCCGGCGGGAUGAACAUGAUUGCAUCGUUGAGCGGGCCCAUCGAGGAUCAAGCGCGCCUGAGCACGCAUUCCCACAUGGUGCUCCACUUCGUCAACCGAACGUCUCAAUCAUGGUUGCGCUCCGUCCUCCGCAAAGACACAGCCGAGGCGCGAUCGACUCUGCAACGUUGGCAGCGCGCUGUGCUCCAAGCCGUCGAGGCCUUACAGAUUACAUAUUCCGCGACUGUCCCACUGCACUUCGUGGACCACGCCUCAGAGGCUCCACCCCUCAAAAGCACCCCUUACCUUGAGAGGUGGCAGCGCGAGGACAAGUUCGACGGCGACCUCGAGGGCGACCGAGAGGGCCCUACCAGGUCUCAGGUCUUCGCGACCGCCACCCACGACGAUGCGACUACGCAGGCCGAAGCUGCGGCUUAUGCGGCUGCAUUCGCAGAAGAUCACUGGAACAUCAGCAGCCUCAGCGGCCACAUCCAUCAGCACCAUGACACAUGCUUCAAGUACAUAGAGAAUGGCAUCUCUCGCAAGCCUCAACACUGCCGUUUCGGAUUCGUGCACUUCGUCAGACUCUGGCUGCCGUCCACCACCGACAGCCCAGGUCAAGGUGAGGCCAAGGAGCGGAUUGUAGAACGGCUACUGGCCCGCGUGGGAAAGGAGCCACAGCUGCCACGAGUACGUGGCCAGCCUCCUAUAGACACUCAGUCCAUGCCUAUCCUGGCCGACACUGGAUUGUUCACCGAUGGCUCCCUUGGUGCCAGCGUCGAACCCGACGACAGGCAGGCACGCCGUGGGCGCAUCAAUACAGUGCGGUUCAACCCCAGAGAGGGCAGCACGACAAUGGCAGGAAAGGUUGCGCACAGAGGGAAUUUGGAUUACCAGGAUUGUCGCCACACCCUCACGGACGGGUAUGAGUACGACAACUCCGAGGAUUACCUUCGGCCGGCACUGGCUAUCCGCACCAACCUCGUUUACUCAGUGGUCGAGUCCAUCCGCAGUGGGAUCCAGACGAGCUUCUACACUUGCGACUACAACACGAAGCCCAACAUGACAUGUGGGCCUCUUCUGCAGCAUCUCACGCACGGCAUGGAACAGCUCGAGGCACAUAUGAAAAAAGAGCACGACACCGCAGCUAUGACAGCUUACCUGCAGAUGGGUGCCGUCCACAACGCAGACUGCAGACCUGGCGCUCUGGCGCGUCCCCCGACCGCGGCCACCAACGCCACCCCAGCGGAAGACCCCGCAGCGCGCCUGUCCACGGAUGACUUCUACGAUGAUUGGUUGCACCGAGGAGCUUUCGUUGAUGAUGACGCGCACCUUGGCUUGCAGGCCGCCAGGGCUGACGCGGGCGACAUCGGAGACCCCGCCGGCGCAGACCCCGAAUGCGACGACGGCACCGAGCGCGACACCCCGACCGGUGUCCAAUACAAACCACACGUGCGUGUACGUGACUCCGACGUGCUGGACGUCGUGCACCGACAUCUCUCUGCUGGAAAAUUGGACAAACGGUCGGGCGACAGAUUUGUCCGCAUCCAGGAGUUCCUCAACGCAAAGGCCCACCUCUACGAGCACCUCCGCGUACGCGUCGCACCACCUGAACAUGGCCACGCCGAGAUCCCCGACGACGACGACGAGACUCCUUUGGAGGCAGCGUUCCACCCAGACACGCCCUGGGGCUGCUCCCCCGCCAUGUGCGCGCGAAAGCUGAUGGCUGAGCGACUGCCCCACCGCGUCGGGCAUACCGACACCUACCGCAUUCCUCAAGAUCAAUACGAGGCCACGCUCUUCUGUACAUCACCGCUCCAAGCGCUGUGGGACUUUGCAGCAGGCCGCGGACAGCUUGCCGAAUUCCGAACAAGCGCUGGCAGACGGCAGCUCCUCAUGGACGUUCCCACCAGACUCGUGCAGCGCGUCUUCCUGCACGGCCCUGGAGGAUCCGGCCAAACCUUUUUCAUGACUCAAGUUGUUCUACCUGUAUAUGACCACUUCUUCCCCGGUUGCACCCGCGGGUUCGCGGCCCAGAACAGCGCUGCGAGGCUCAUUGGUGGCGCCACUUUCCAUUUCAUGGCAGGCCUGACUCGCCAGCAGACUCUCACCCGAAAGCGUCCUUCCAGACAAGCCCAGGAGAAAAUGCGACACCUUUCGGGCCAGCUCGCAUUGGCCAUGAUCGACGAGGCGAGCUUAGCUGAUCCUCAGCUGUUGACUGUCCUUAACGCAAUAGCGGAUUGGGGACGCCACAGCUCCCGCAACCUUGACCCUGCGUCGUUCACGGAUGCAACUUUCGGGAACGUACUCGCGCAGAUCGUCGUGGGGGACUUCAUGCAACUGAACCCCGUCCGAACGCAUUCGCUACUGCAGACAUUUCUGCGCGGCACUGCAAUACACAUGCCCCGCGCUCCCACUUACGACGGCAUGGACAAAGACCAGCGCAUUGAGAAGGAGCGUCUCGACAAAGAAGGCUGGGACAUCUUUGAUAGGCUCUCGGAGUCAGUUAUCCUCUUCCACGGGUGGCACCGUUUCGCGCCAGGGGAUCCCUUACCAGAAAUCCUGAAGAUCAUGCGCACACCUGGGGGGCAAAAACUCCCGCCCUCCCUGAAGGAGCAACUCGCCGCUCGAUGCGUAUUGCAUCACGACGUCGACCAGCGUGCCGACCCGUCCUACAUUCUGCACGACGAGUCCGGCGCUCCCACUGCCAUGCCUGGCUUCUUCGCCCAAGGGUACCACUCCGCCAUCAACUGGGAGACCGUUGGAGCGCUCUGGCUGCCCGCCGUCUGCGACCGCGUACAUCGCUACCUCCAGCCUUGCGGACAGCUACUCUAUUACGUCCAAGCUGUCGACAUCCCGCACCAGGCCGUUUACAGGUCACGUCCAGACAUGUACACGGACGCACUCCAAGUGGCAAACAUGAGCUCCAAGACUCCAGGUUGGGUCCUCCUGGACCGCUUGCCGCGUUAUGUGGAGUUCCGCGCUGACGACGCCACAGAGGAUUACACCGGUCUGAAGAAGCCUGGCGUGUGGCAUCUAGAACCAACACGUGACACGUGGACUUUCCAAUGGCAGGUCCGUGCCACGGUGAACCACCCACGCGCCAUGCCAACGCACAGACUCCAGAAACACGACGUCCACAUGACCCGAUGCCAACUUCCCACCGCGCCAGAACGCGUCGGAACACUUCAGAGCAUGCAAGGCAAAACCGUCCGCGAGCCCAGCGGACAACCCAUCGGUCACACCAUCGACUUGCGCAAGCCCGACUAUAUGAGCGACCCCGAAUACAAGCAGCACCUGUACGUGAUUCUCGGAAGAUCUCAGCGCUUAUCGCGGUCCCUGUUCGAAAACUUCCCCCGCUUGCCUGAGCCCGACGCCGACGGCAACGAAUUCGAUUGGCAUUGGUUUGAGGAAGGGAAUCUCAUGGACCCCCUUGGAAGCAAUUGCGACUUCGCGGUGCUCCACGCCAACUUCACCAACGUCGAUCUCGCCGUGCUCCCAAUGACCCCCGGAGAAAUUCAAGAACGUCUGCAAGACCCGUUCACUGGCUUCUCCUGUCCUCAG